AUGAAGCACGGAGGCGCUGGCGGCAAGCCCAGCUGGCCACUGCAAUUUCACUGCAAAGGCAACGCAUGGAAGGCGAGGGAUGAAGCGCUCGAUAAUGGUGUGGGUGGCAGCGUCAAAAAGUCCUUGGCGGCGUGCAAGUUCUGGAAUGUUGUCGGCAUACAGCCUGAAGUCUUGACGCUGUUCAACACGCCACAAGUGCAAAAGCCUCACGAGCCAAUAGACACCCUUACCGACCUCCCAAAAUGGGAAGCAAAUUGGAAAAAAAGCUGGUGGUUGCAACUUGCAGCCCUCUCUUGCGGCCGCCAGCUUUGCAGUACAGCCAGCUCUGGUACCCUUUUCCAGCCCCAGGCACCCUGA